GCCUUUGACGUUCAAUCCAACGGUUUUAAAAAGCAAAAUUCCAUAUCUAUAACGUAUUUGUACUGUUCGGUACGUAGUCAUCCCCUCUUUUAUAACAUUGACCCACUAGUUUUUUAAAUGGAUGUCAAUUAUCCAGAAAUUGGAGGUUUAAGAGGGCAUUUUUUCGGAAAAUUAUGAAAAAUUUCAGCUUUGGCUCGUCUAAAUUAGGGGAAAAUAGUGACAUUAAUUUGGGAAAAGAAAAUUGUUAAAUGAAAGAACUAGAAAGCGGGAGAGGGAAAAAUUUCCCGCUUUAAACUUCCUUUUCCCAUAAAAAGCUCUUCAACUUUUCAAAUCCUCCUCCUCCUCUCUCUCUCUCUCUCUUUCGCUCUCUCUCUCUCUCUACUCGAAAUCAUCAGCUCUGGUAAAAUUGUAUGUUUCUUCCCAUUAUUUUGCAGAUCAAUGUUAUGUUUUAUGUUUUCCACUUCGCUUUAAUUUCUCUUUCCCAUUCUGGGUUUAAUCCCUUUUUUUAGAGAGCGAGAAAGGGAUGGUAAAUUUGAUAGAGGUGAUUGAAUAUGGCCGCGAUGACGAGCCUCGCUCUCCAGACCCAGAGAAACAGCAGACACGCUCCGACGCGCAAUGGAAGUAAACAAAACGGACGGCGAUAAAGUCGAAAUUGAAGAUCAGAAGGAGGACGCUGAUUACGACGAUGAAGAAGAUGAUAAUGACGACGAUGACGACGACGAUGAAGAAGAAGAGGAUGACGACGGCGACGAAGAUGAUGAUGAAGAGGACGAUGGAGAAGACGAUAACGAUGGAGAUGAAGGAGACAAAGAAAACAAGCGGAAGUUCUUUCUUCAAGAUCUCAAACUUUUCGAUUGCUCCAAUUGCCACAAAAGACUUUUCAACACUGUCUAUAUGCUUUAAGCGCUGCCAAAUCCUCGAGAAAAUUAUCCAGUCGCUUGGAGGAUCAUGCAAAUAUCUGAAAUACGGGCCUUGUUCAUGCCCAAUCGAGGGCUGCAACUACUAUGGUCCACUGAUGCAGCUAUCCAUGCACUUGAGCGGCCAACAUAGAGAUUCUAUCACAUGCUUCAGGUACAAUAAGUUGUACUCCAUUACCUUGAGAUAUGACGAAAGGUUCUGCGUUCUUCAAGAAAUGAGUGAUGGAGACAUAUUUCUGGUCGACAAUGUCGAACAUGAUAUUGGGAAUAUGGUCAGUGUUAGCCGGAUAGGACCUUACACGUUUAUCAGUCCCUUCUCAAUUGAACUUAAGAUUGAAGCUGUCAAAUGGGUCCACUGGGAUCAACUCUCACUGAGGCUUUCGUGUAAAAUAGAAAGCAUUCGCAGCCGGGUAGGUUACCAGCCUUCAACCAGAGACUUUCUUCUUGUUCCAAGUGGAUAUUUUGAAGGGGGUGAGGAAUUUGAGUUGCUGUUCCGCAUAUCUCGUGCUGACGUCUGACUCGGUGGAUUUCCCUUAUGGAUUUUGUUUUAGUUUCACGUUCUACAGAUGUUCUACAGACAUUUUUGUUUUGCAGCAAAUGUAUAUGGAUGACAUAACUAGUAGCAGUUCUGAA